UAUGCACACAACUCACCCCCUCCAACUUUCCCAUGUCAUAACAACUCAUAAAUUUCAAAGCUUGAAACAAGAGAGGGUUUGUGAGACUUCAUCCAAACCCAGAUCAGUUUCUUCUUAUUAGAACAAAAAUGGGCAACAGCUUAAGGUGUUGUUUGGCUUGUGUUCUUCCAUGUGGAGCUCUUGACUUGAUCCGCAUAGUCCAUUUGAAUGGCUAUGUAGAAGAGAUCACACGCCAUAUCACAGCUGGUGAGGUUCUGAAGGCAAACCCAAACCAUGUUCUGAGCAAACCUAGUUCCCAAGGGGUUGUUCGCCGGAUUCUGAUCCUGUCGCCGGAGACCGAGCUCAAGAGAGGCAGCAUAUACUUCUUGAUCCCGACGUCGUCGCUGCCUGAGAAGAAACAGCGGCGCGUGAGGGCAAGCGCCGCUGCCGCUUCCAAGAAGAGCAAGAAGUGCAACGAUGAUACCUCCUCCUCAUGUUCACAAUCACAACAGUGUGGGACUGAGGAGAAGAAAUGUUCCCGGCGAGAUCGUGGGCACCGCCGCCUCGAAUCGUGGCAGCCUCAUUUGGAGAGCAUCACGGAAGACUAGAGUGUCAGCUGGCCGGUGCCGGAAUCUGGCAUGCCGGAGGGGACUUGGAACCAAAAGAUGUGAUUCAAUAAUUGAAUUGUUAAAAUAUAGCUAAAUGACAUUUUUCCUUUUUUUUAUUAUAUAUAAAGAAAGCUGUAUGUGAGUAUUUAAUUUUGUGGAUAAAAGGCUACCUUGCUUUGCUA